CCCAACCUUGCUGCCCCUUCGGGAACACGCGUGGACCCCUCUCGUGAGCAGCCCGGCCCCCGGCGCGUCCCUGGGCUCGGGGCAGGGGGGACACACGAGGGGCUGGUGCUUCCCUUGGGCCCCCGACCCGCGGCAGUCCCGGCCUUGCGCAAUUCCUUUCACCUUUCCCCGGGGAGAAGGGCAGAAUGCAGAUUUGGGGAGAAACUAGCCAGGGUGGGAAAUGGAUCUGUGAAUCCCAUUAGGAUCUUAGGGCUCCGGCCAUGGGGGCCAACCCGCACCCCACAAACAGAGCAUGGCGCUUGUACGGGGCACGGCUGAGGCUGGGGUGUCCUGCAGCUGGGGACACCGGUGCGGAGCGGGGCACCGGCCCCUCCGUGGGCUGUCGGGCCCCCGGAGCGGGGCUCCGUGCAGCGCCGGUGCCGAGGCUGCCCCAUGGCGGGACAGAAUCCCCGGCCCCGCCUGCGCUGAGCUCGCCCGUCCUCAGAGGGUCACCCCAAAGCGGGGCUGUGGGUGGGCGCGGCACGCAGGGCGGGUGUCCCGGCCUGAGAGAGACGGGACGGAGCGGAGAGCCGCGUGUGUCCCCUCUCCGCGGCCUGGCGCGCGGGGACGUGUCGCUGUCGCUUUAAGGGCGGAGGGUGGCGGCCCCUUUAAGGCGGGGGGGCCGGCAGGGCUGAGCCGCCCGCGCACGGCAGCGGGGCCGCGCCGACACGGUGGGGCCGCGCCGCGGGUGGGGUCCCGGUACCCCCGUCCAUCCCCACAUCCCCGCCCGGGAUCCCCCGCCCGCCCCGGGGUCCCCGUCCCCAGCCGCACCGCGGCCUCGCUGUCCCCUCUCUGCCCCCGGGCGUGCCCCCGGGUCCCCUGGUCCUUCUCCUUGGAGUGUGGGUGCCAUUCCCCGUCCCUCCGCUCGGGGUGGCCCCGCGCUGAGACCCCCGGCGGGGACGGGCUCAUCCUGCCCGCUGGGGGCUUUGAUUUUUAUCAGUUUUAUUAUUUUUAGCAUUAAUUAUAAUUUUCAAUUUUAGUAUUAAUUUUUAUCCCCUCCUCGCCCCGCCCGGUGAGCGCGGGAUGGGGGUGCGGGGGCAGCCCCCGCUCUCUGCCCACGGGGACCGCUGCCGGCUGUAGGUGUCCCCUGGGGCUGUCCCCGCCAGGGGCAGGGGACCAUGGGACAGGGGCCCACGGGGCUGGCCGGGGUGCUCAGCCUGGCCGGGGCACUGCCAGCCGGGACCCCGCUGCUGCUGGACGUGGGGCACACGCUCCCUCCCGGGGGGGAUGCUCUGAGCCACGGACGAGCCCUGGAUUGCUGGGAGGUUCGGAAGCACAACAGCUCCGAGUGGUGCCACUUCAUCCGGAGCAACCCUGACUGCCGGCUGGACGGGGGCUUCCUCGACUACCUCAACGGGGUCUUCUGUGUCUUCCCACCCCGGCUGCUGCCCCUGGCUGUCACCCUCUAUGCUCUCUGGCUCCUGUACCUGUUCAUCAUCCUUGGUGUGGCAGCGGAGAAGUUCUUCUGCCCCAAUUUAUCAGCCAUCUCCACCAACCUGAAGCUGUCCCACAACGUGGCAGUCUUUUCCUUGACGUCCCCUCUCCAUGGUGUCACCUUCCUGGCCUUUGGAAACGGGGCACCUGAUGUCUUCAGUGCCGUGGUGGCCUUCUCCGACCCCCGGACAGCGGGGCUGGCCAUCGGGGCCAUCUUUGGUGCCGGUGUGUUUGUGACCACGGUGGUGGCCGGGGGCAUCGCCCUGCUCAAGCCCUUCAUGGCCGCCUCCAGGCCCUUCCUCAGGGAUGUCAUCUUCUACAUGGUGGCCGUCUUCAUCACCUUCGUGGUCCUCUACCUGGGCAGGAUCCGCCUGGGAGAGGCUCUGGGUUACCUGGGGCUCUACGUGUUCUACGUGCUCACCGUGGUGCUCUGCACCUGGAUCCACCGGCGGCAGCGGGGGGACGGGCUGACCCCUCCCGGGCCCUGGGAGCCAGAGAUGCCGCCAGAUGUGGAAGAGCCGGAGUCCUCGAGCACAAACAGUGGGGACUAUGGGGACGAGUACCGGCCCCUGCUGCCCUCGCAGGAGAGCUCCCUGCGCAUCCUCACCACGGCCCUCAGCCCCUUGGACUACCGCAAGUGGAGGAGGAAGCCCUGGUACUGGCGGCUCUUCAAGGCCUUCAGGGUGCCCGUGGAGCUGGUGCUGCUGCUCACCGUUCCCAUUGUGGACCCCGACAAGGAGGACCUGAACUGGAGGAGACCCCUCAACUGCCUGCACAUCCUCACCAGCCCCCUGCUCUGCGUCCUCACCCUGAAGUCGGGCGCCUAUGGGCUGUACCAGAUCCAGGGCAUCUUCCCAGUCUGGGGACUGGUCACACUGGUUGCCUCUGCCCUGGCCCUCAUCAUCUUCAUCACCACAAGCAAUGAGGAGCCACCCAAGUAUCACUGUGUGUUUGCCUUCCUGGGGUUUUUGGCCAGCGCCAUGUGGAUCAACGCCGCGGCCACGGAGCUGGUGAACAUCCUGCGGACCCUGGGCAUCAUCUUCCAGCUCAGCAACACCGUGCUGGGCCUGACACUGCUGGCCUGGGGCAACAGCAUCGGGGACACCUUCUCCGACCUGACCAUGGCCCGGCAGGGCUAUCCCCGCAUGGCCUUCUCCGCCUGCUUCGGGGGCAUCAUCUUCAACAUCCUGGUGGGCGUGGGCCUGGGCUGCCUGCUGCAGAUGACCAGCAGCCAGCCGCUGGUGAAGCUGGAGCCGGACAGCCCCCUGGUGUGGGUGCUGGCGGGGGCGCUGGGGCUGAGCCUGGUGUUCUCCCUGGUGACGGUGCCAGCGCAGUGCUUCCAGCUGGGAAAGGCCUAUGGCUGCUGCCUCAUCGCCUACUACCUGCUGUUCCUGUGCGUGGCCCUGCUCACCGAGUUCAGGGUGAUCCCCUUCCCCACCCCCUGAAGGCCCCAGCAGAGCCAGCUCUGUCCCCUCACCGUGUUGGGGUCUUGCCCUCCCCUCCGCUGUCCCUGGCAGGGGGACAAGGGCACCUCAACCUCACUGUGCUGCUGGAGGUGCCAGCCCAGCCCUGCUGUCCUUUGGGGCAGGAGCUGUCGGUGCCCACAUCCUCUCCUCCCUCUCUUUAAUCCGUGUAAUUUGAGGAACUCUGCACAGGAGCAACCCCCAGACCUCAGCUGUGUCUGGCUGCAGGGGCAGAGGAUGGGGAAGCUCCGGCUCAGGGGCACAGCAGGAGAGGUUCUGCCUCCUCAGCUGCUCCCCUGCCCCUCCUCAGCCCCACGCAGAGCUCUGGGGCACAGCCGGGGCAGCUGGGACUGCCAGGACACAGGUUUGUCCUUGGGCAGGACUGUCCCUGCUGGCAGCGUGGGCUGGAACAGCAGACAGGGCAGAGCCAGGCAGGGUGAAGGGGACACGGAGCUCUGGGUUUAGUGCAAGCAAAGCCUGGGGGAAAAACAAACACCAAACCGAGGGAGGCUGGUGUCCCCUGCUUUUUUUAGUAAUGUUUUUCAACCUGAGUUUCAAAUCCUACUUUUCUCCUCCUCCCGGGGUGGGCAGAGCUGUAGGAAAGGACUUGGAGGUUUCCACACACAGUGUUGACCUCUGGCAGGACUAGAUUUAGGCACUGUAAAAAAAUGCAAUAAAAAUAAUUUAAAAAAAAAGAUAAAAAACAAACACAAACCCAACCUUGACUUUUGCCUGCUGCAAGGGCCAUUCCUCCUGCUCUUGGCUGGUGUGACACAGCCUUUACUCAGCACAGGGCCUUUGGAGGGGAGAGGGAACAGCCAGGAGCCUGGGACGCCCAGAGUGUUUUUUCCCAAGGGUGUGGGGAAGUGGUUUCCAGUAGCUGAUGUCCCAAGAGCAGUCACAUGCUGCCACACUGGGAAGGGCCACGGCACGGGGUCAGCACGGGGCCAGGGAAUCCUGCAGGGCCCACAGGAGAAGGGAAUGGGUGGCCUGGUGGUUCUGCUCCUCAGCUGGAGGGUCCAGAGGGCUGGAAAUCAAAUUGGCACUCCUGAGGGACACCCACCCCCUGCUCCACGGGAGAGGGGCGUGUUGAGCAAACACAACUGUCAGACCUGGUUCUUCCUCCUUUACUCCUGGGCCUGGAGCAUUUCUCCUUUUUCUAACAGAUACCAGCGGCUUUCACAAAAAAUAACCCUCCCUUGUGCCUGCAGCCACUGGCUGUGCCCCGAGCCAGCUCCGGGACACGACGCCCACUUCCUGCCACGAGCAGGGCUA